AUGCUCGCUGCUCCUAGUCAACACUUACUGGAACACGACGACGCCCAACGCUCAGGCGUAGCGCAGUUCCAGAGUCCCAACAUUACCGCCUCGGAAGAAAGCAUGUACAUAUUUAACGCAUACAACGAAUCAUCAGAUAUGCAGAAGGUAGCAGCAGACUUCAUUUUAGCGGACAAUUCAAAAGACGCUCUUUUCUUUUUGAGACAGUACACUUUGCCUGUCAUAGGAUUAUUUGGUAUCAUAGGAAAUGUUCUGUCAGCGUCCAUAUUCCUCGGCUCUAAGCAUCGAAACACAUCUUGUAGUUUAUACCUUGCCGCCCGCUCAAUCGCAGACACCGGAUUCAUUGUUACUCUUUUCAUCGCUUGGCUGGAUUUUGUUGACGUUCGUAUUUUUCACGUGGAAGGGGUGUGUCAGAUAACUGUAUUUGUAUCAUAUGUGUCAAGUUUCAUGUCAGUGUCGUUUGUUGUCUGCAUAACAUUUGAAAACUACAUACGAAUAUGUAAACCAAUGAAAGUGAACACGUUUUGUACGACCAAAGUAGCCAAACGUAUGAUAGGUUUUCUUUUCGUAAUGGGUAUUGUAGGGUACAAUUUCCCAUUAUGGGCGACAAGAGUCAGAAUGUUUCACGGCAAACAUUACUGCUUGACAUUACCACAAUACAGAACAUUUGAAGUAGGUCUAACGUAUGCCGAUACCAUUCUGACUUUGAUGAUUCCAUUCAUAAUUAUCAUCACAUUAUUGUUCCUCAUUAUAUGUGCCGCUAUGGAAGCUUCAAAGCGUCAACUUAGGCUCAGACGUCUACAGUCUACAGAGCGGACUCGAUCAUCGAAUAAUCCUCAAGACGUUGUGAAACGCCUUCUGACGUCAGUUUCUGUAGCAUUCUUAGUCUUACAGACGCCUAGCCAUGUAAUACGUAUAAAAGUUAUCAUUGAACAUAUCAUAGGUGAAUAUUACACUACUACUCAAACAGAUCGUCGUCUACAAUAUGUAUUUCUGACUAUGUACUAUCUGAACUUUUCAAUCAAUUUUGUGUUGUAUCUAGUGUGCUGUAAGACAUUUCGUAAGGAAUUCGUGUCAACUUUAGCUUUGGGAUGCAAAUGUUGCAUGCGAAGAGCAUUGGUUCAACGAAACAACAAUGAAGUUUAUCGAGAAGAAACUGAACAAUUGUCGAACGGAAUGACUAUGGCCGAAAUAAUAAAUGAAAAAGAUUCCUCCGAACAUGCACCAUUCCACAACCCCGGUUCAGCUGGUCACUGUGAUGGUACUUGUUGUAGCAACUAA